UCUCUGUCUCUCUCUGUCUCUCUCAUUGCCGGAAGCACCCACCAAAUCGAUCGACCGAAAUGGCGUCGUCUUCCUCAUCUCCGCCGGCGCCGCUGUGGGUGAUCCUCGGCCGCGUCGCCCUCGUGCAGGACAACACCAUCGAGGACCCGGGGGACCUCUCUGUCGCGCUCGCCGUGCCGCCGCGCGUCUCCACCCUCACCGUGCCGAUGAGCGUCCACCCCAAGCCCGACGACACCGACAAGCACCCCUACGUCCUCUCCGCCGACGCUGGCGUCCUCCUCCUCCACGUCUCCCACUGGCCCUUCGUCGGCUUCGACCUGGACCGCAACCCCCAGGGCAUCCUCCUCGUGGCGCGUGACUUCCUCCCGGCUGACACAGCCGCCGGGCGCAGCGAGCCCACGGCCACUGCCGUGCGCGUCCCCGACCGCGCUCGGCCCGACCAUCCCGGCAUUGCGAACAUCAAGAACGUCGGCCUUGUCUCCCUCCCUGGCAGUGGCGGCACCGAGUACGUGGUCGCCGAGCUCCGCCUCGCCUCCCUCCCCAGCGGUGACGGCAAAGAUGACCGCGCCACCCUGCUCUCCUUCCGCUCGGGCACGGACGCGUGGGUCGAGAGGGAUCUGAGGUGUCCCUUCAUGUCCGGCCGGCGCUGGAUGUGGUCCUCCCACGACGUGGUCGCCCACGACGGGAAGCUCUGGUGGGUCAACCUCGUGUGGGGGCUCCUCGGCUGCGACCCUUUCGCGGACGAACCGGUGCUGAGCCACGUGGUCCUCCCGGAUGCGUUCCCCCUCGUAUACACGGCGGAGCUGCGGCAGAACAUCGAGAGCAGCCGCAUGGUGAGGGUGAGCCAGGGCAAGGUGCGGUUCGUGGAUAUCACCCGUGCGCGCAUCGACCCCCCUGAGGAGACGCUGGUGAUCAUCUGGACGCUGAUAUUUGGUCCGUCCGGCUACACGUGGUGGAAGCAGCAGUGCUCGACGAGCCUGGCGAUCAUCUGGGCAAGCGACAGCUACAAGGCGACAGGGAUGCCGGAGGAGGUGCCAGUGCUCGCGCUCGUGCACCCCAGCAACCCCGACGUGGUAUACUUCUUCCUGGAGCAGUACCUCUUCGGCGUCAACGUGUCCCAGUGCAUGGUCAUGGAGUUCGUUCACGAGCCCUGCGACCUGGUCGAGGUGAUCGCCGGGCACAGGCCGCCGCCGCCGAUCAGUUGGCGCUACAUCCUCGCUUGGCAGCUGCCACCUUCGCUUGUCAAUGCGCUUGAUAACCAGAUGGACGAGGAUGGGGCUUCUCAUGUCGAAGGAUGCGAUUCAUCAUUCGUCACCGCUAUCCCUGACCGGAAUGCCGCUAUCCCUAACCUGAACGAGUAGAUUGCACAUGAAGUAGAACUUUUUCCAUGGUGAGCUUAUAUCUCUCUAGUGCUAAGUUCCUCCCUGGACUAUAUUCCAGCAGCAUGUAGAAUAAAAUUACAUACUUUUGUAAAGAUCCUUAAGGUGCGCGAGACCUUCACUGCCGUUUCCUGCGUUGACUAACCUGACAAGGGUGCCCUGGGGGGUCUCCAUGAGUAUGGCCUGAGAUUUCUUUUGUUUUCACAGACAUCCGAUUUUGUUUAGUUGUACCAAUGCUUUGUUUGAAUGUACCACA